GGCUGCACAAAAAUUGAUAAUUUUGACAUAGUUACGAGAUAAAACUGUCUUAAAAUGGCAAAAUUUAGUAAAACCCUUUUGUUAAUAGCAUCGAAAUUUGGUUUGGGAGACGAGGAAAAGAUUUUAAGCAAAGCAGCGGAGUUUGAACGUCUUCUACAAUCAAAGUCAGCAGCCAGCAACAUCAGCGACUCAGCUAGAGUCGUCAUUUGUUUGGAUUUAGCUGCAUCACUCUUCAAUUCUGAUGUGGAUUUGAAGUUGGCAAUAAAAUGUUCCGGUCUCAAGUCUACACUAUAUGUCAACAGCAAAAAGGUAGUAGAGAACCUGCUAGAACUGAACAGCGACAAGCUAACCACAGCACUGCUGUGUGUAUUACUUCAGUGCGGGAUGCAAGAACUUGCUGACAAGAUACUUGAUUCAUAUCGGAGUAAAGUUAAAAUGGAACUUGACCUGAAUUUACCACAGUAUGUCUGUAUGGCAGUUUAUCAGGCUUGUCGGAUUGGCAAAGUAAAGGUGUCAAAAAGCAAACUGCUUGAAAAAUCCCGUCUUAAGCCUGCACAGUGGUCGAAAAUGGAUUCGGAAUGGACAAAGUUCGUCGACGAACAUUUCGCUGCUACUACAAAAAAGGGGAAAGGACGAAGUGUUAAGAAUGCUAUUGCCGAUAAAGAAGACAUAGAAAACAUGGACGUUGACAUAGCAGCCAAGAAAGAAGAUGCCACAGAACCACAAAUGGAAAAUUACGAAGACUGGAAGAAAAGAGUCCUAGAAAACGCAUAUAAACAAUUAAAAAAGUUGCAAACCGUCGAUAAAAACGUACAAAAUCAGAAUUUAAACAAAGAACGUCCGAGUCCAACGAAGCAUAAACAAAAUGACAAUUUAAACAAAGAACGUCCGAGUCCAACGAAGCAUAAACAAAAUGACAAUUUAAACAAAGAACGUCCGAGUCCAACAAAGCAUAAACAAAAUGACAAUUUAAACAAAGAACGCCCGAGUCCAACGAAGCAUAAACAAAAUGAGAAUAUAAAUAAAGUAAACGUGAUUUUGAAAAUAGAACGCAGUAGUCCCAGGAAACAUAAUAAACAUACUGAAAAUGUCAAUCAACAAAAUGAUAUCUCAAAUAAAAAAAAUGACAAUUCAAAUGAAGAAUAUGCAAAUUCAAACGAUACAAAACAAUUUACGGCACGCAGGUCGCCUCGUAAAACGCCUCAAAAGUUUGAACCUUAUACAAUGUGUCCAAAUAAAAUAAAAGGUGUUAGGCUUUUGUUCCCUUCAAGUAAAUAAUAUAACAAACAAGUACCAAUAACCUAAGUUCCUACUUUUCAUACCAGUCGAUGAAACGCAAAAAGGUUGAAAUAAUUGUAUAGAAUUUUUGAACGAACAUCAUGUUAAGAGAUUAGUAAUAGAACUGACAAUUAAUUUAUUUAAUUAAUAUUGAUGUUUGUAAUUUAUAUUUAAGGCUUUUAUUUAAUCAAAUAAAAAUGGUUUUUGACAAAGUAUUAAAAUUACAUUGAAUGGUUCGAUGAAGGAGUUAAUAACGAAACCUGCUUUUUUAAAUAAUAACUGUACGCUUGGUCACAAUGUGUCGACAAAAUUUGAAAACCUUGUAUAAUUGUAACUUCUUUUUUUGGACGAAAUCCCUUUUUUACUCUUCAAACGCA